AUGUCAUCCAACGUUGGCCUAUCCACUCCCCGUGGGUCGGGGACCUCAGGCUAUGUUCAGCGAAAUCUCUCCCUCCUGAAACCCCGGGACGCAGGUGUAGGUGCACCCUACAGCCUCGAGGCCGCCCGUGGCCCCAAGGCUCGCAAACCGGAUCAGGAGAUUCUGAACCACGACAGGCUGCGGGAUAUCGAGGUCAAAGUCCUCGAACUGCGAGAGAAGCUGGAAGAUGAUGAAGUUGACGAAGACAAGAUUGACGAAGAAUGCGACAAGUUGCGCCAAAAGUUGACAGCAGAGAUGGAGCGUAACAAGGUCGGCAAUCGUUCAGGCGGUCGGAGAGUGGAUGGUAAAGGCCUCAAAAGCUAUCAAGUACACGAAUUGGCCGAAGCGAAAGAACGAGAGAGCGAAAGGCUACGAAGAGCUUUAGGGUUGAAGGCUGGCGAAAUCGCAGAAGACGGUGAGCAUCCGAUGGCCAGACAGGAAAAGAGACGCCGAGAAAGGGAAGAACAGCUGGAGAAACAACAAGGCGAGCCUGAAGACUAG